AUGGACACCAGCCAGACAACGCGCCCGGCAUCCCAGUUGAUUGCCGGGUUUGCGUCGCCCUCAACACCAGCUGCUGCACAUACUAGCUCACAGUCCUUCCUCCAAUCUGUUCAACACCAACGGUCACCGCAGCCAGCUCAUGAUGCGGAAAAGGAUGAAUUGCGGGUACAAGUUAGCACACUCAAGUACGAGCUAGAGAACAUCAAGCAAGAGCGCGCUCUUGAGGCCCUUCGCCAUGAAAAAGAGACUAGGGAUCUGCAGCUCAAGGCCGAUGCGGAUUUCCGAAAGGCCCAGGCCGCCGAGUCUGCAAGUCAUAGGGCUACCCACAAGAGCGAGGGGCUGGCGAAGGAGUUGAAGGAAGCACAAGACCAAGCGCUCAAUGAGAAAGUAGAGCUGGAGCGCAAACUGCGGAGCUUGCAAGAUGAAAAACAAAACCUCCAGGAAGAAUAUAACGACGCACAGGCCCAGCUCUCGGAUCAGGAACGUCGGUCCAAAUACCAAAUCAAUGAGCUUGAAACUGUCCGCGCUUCCCUACAAAAGACAAUCGAGGAACUCCAAAGUGAUAUACAAGAGGCGCGCAACUCCCAACAAACCACUCAAGAAAAGCUAUCACAACGGGAAGCCGAAGUCGCCGAUCUCGAGUCCCAAAACAUUCAACUCAAAGCCGAAGGUAAUGACGUUGAAGCUUUGGCCGUUCUAAAGCGGGAGCUGUCAGAGCAGGUCAGCCACAUCCGUGAGCUGGAAACAGCCAACAGAGACCAAACAGUGGAGUUGCGGCACCUACGAAAGAUCCAAAAGAACGUUGAGGUAGUCGAGGAGCAGAAGAGAUCGCUUGAGAAUCAGCUGCAGUUUAUGAAGGGAUUUGAGGCCGAGCUUGACACCUUACGAAUUCAAAAACAGGCCCUAGAAGACGAGCGACAGUCAUGGACCAGCAUGUUACAGGAAAAUGACCAGCCCACAGAGUUCGAUUCCCCAGAAGCGGUGGUGAGGGCGCUGGUUCAGGAACGUAUUGAAAAAGCCACACUCGUUGAUCGGAUAGGCACAGUUGAAGCGCAAUUCCUGGAAAAAGACGAGGCGAUCAACAUCUUGGAAAAAGAGAAAACACAACUUCGCCAAGAAUUGGAAAAGCUUCGUGCCACAGGAAGCAUUUUGGCUGGAGGAUCGGCUUCCGCUGUGGCGGAGACUCGGGCCCGCGCCCGGUUAGAGCGACAGCGUGCCCUCGCCAUCAAAGAAGUUGAGUAUCUACGUGCACAGCUCAAGACGUUUGACGCCGAAGAGGAAACGAUGAACGCAGAUCAAAGCAACUAUGACGAGCAAAAGUCCCAACAAAUCGCACAGUUGGAAAAGCUUGUGGAUGAAUAUCGCGGUGACCUUAAAAAUGCCCAUGAAGAGCUUUCUAAGCGUGAAGCGCUGCAGCCGGAGGAAACACAAGCUAGAGGAACCAAACGCCCCCUUUCGCCGGCUGAUAGCGAUGCUGAGAGUGAGCGUCUUGCUGUUCUGACACGGAAGAACCGCAAGCUUCAGGAAUCCCUCUCCAAAUCCGAAGAGGCCAAAACUCUUGCUCGUCGAGAACUCGAGGCUGCUAAAUCUCAAUUGAAGUCUUUGCAAUCCAAAUCUCGGGUCCGCGUCCUCGAGCUGCGAGACAACCCAACCGCUGAAACGGAAAAGAUUAAAAUGGCUACCCUGACAACUCUCCGCUCAGAGAACCAGGCUCUGCUAGCCCAGCUUCGUGGGGAACAUUCUGGUGUCAAAGUUGUCCCCAUCAGCACUCUUGAUAGCCUGAAACUCGACAUGCAGGAUAUGGAACGCGUCGUUGCAGACAAGGAGAAGCGCAUGCGCCGGCUUAAGGAGAUCUGGACGGCUAAAUCAUCCGAGUUCCGGGAGGCUGUUGCCUCUCUCUUAGGCUAUAAGCUCGACUUCCUCCCUAAUGGUCGUGUUCGUGUCACUUCGAUGUUCCAUCUCUCAGCCGCCUACCGUCAUGGCGACAGCGAUGCGCCCUCCGACGCUCGCGGACCGGGUAGCAUGGGCGACGGAGAGGAGAACUCGAUUGUGUUCGAUGGUGAAAACGGCACAAUGAAGAUUUUGGGUGGGCCAAACAGUCUCUUUGCCCUUGAAAUCAAGCCUCUGAUCAAGUUUUGGGUUGAAGAGAGGAAAGAUAUUCCCUGUUUUCUGGCAGCUAUGACGCUGGACUUCUAUGAUAAGACUACCCGAGCGGCCAGGAUAUAG